UAUACAAUCGCUGUUAUCCGGUUCCAGCACAUGUUGCAAGUAAACAUAGAAGUGGAUGUAUAUGUGGAGCAGUUAAAUCUAUCAAAAUGGAAGUGGAAGGACUUGAUGUUUUAGAGCCGACCGACCUUUAUAAUAUGCUGCAACAGGCUACUAUAUACUCUAAUUUAAGCGAUCCUAAUUAUUUACUUUUGAUAGAUGCAAGGAAUAAAAAUGAAUACAAUGAAAGUCAUGUUGUAACUGCCAAAAAAGCCCCAAAGGAUGCUGAAGGUUCUUUUGGUGUACCUUAUGAUGCAGAACUCGAGUGUAAACAAAAUGUUGUGGUGUAUGACAGUAACACAAAAACUCUUCGUGAAGGAGGCUUGGCAAUCGACUGUGGAGUGAUGCUGUGGGAAAAGGGAAGCCGAAACAGAGUUAAAAUACUUAAAGGUGGUUAUGAGGAGUUCUCAGCACUGUAUCCUUUCCUCAGAACACAGAAAGUUAUGUUCAUGCCAAAGGAAAUGGAUGAGAUGAAAUCCUAUCCCAUUGAAAUAAUACAUGGCUUUCUCUACCUGGGAAACUGGCGCCAGGGAAAUGCACCAUACAUACAGAAAGAUCUGAAAAUUAAAGGUCACGUCAACUGUUGCCUGGAGUCAGAAACAUUUUUUUCAGAGCCUGGACCUCACCUGUUACACCUACAGGUCAAUGAUGAGGUGGAGGCUGACCUCUACAGCAAACUACAGAAUGCUUGUGCCUUCAUAGAUACCCACAAGGAGAAGAAUGAGGCUGUACUGGUGUUUUCUAGUCUGGGAAUCAGUCGCAGUGCAACCGUGAUCGUUGCCUACCUCAUGCACCACUUUAAAUGGACACUGAAGGAGGCCUAUGGUCACCUGACACAAUGCUGCUCAACUGUUCGUCCAAAUCGAGGAUUUAUACAUCAGCUCUCCAAAUUUGAAGAAUAUUUAUUUGGGAAAGCAACAACACAGAUAGAAGAUCCAAAUUACUAAUGAUUUUCUCCAAGUGUUCCUUCAUAUCAUUAUUGUGAUUCAUAAACUUUUAUCAAGAUAUCAUAUUGAUAUGUGAUCAUUAUCAUUGUGUACAAAAAAUCAUAGUAGGAUUUGUUCUCCAUUUAUACCAAUAUCCUCCAUACAUACAUGAGGGAAUAUCUAUCAGCCACCCUAAGUGCUAGCUUUUGGUUGAAUAAUUAUCUUAGCAGAAAAAAUCCAACAAACAUUUGUACUUUUUGUCUUACAUGUUUUGUGGAUUUGUUUUAUUGUCUUUGGACUUCAACCCGUUCUUGUGUUGUGGAAUUGUUUUCUGUGUCUUCAAUAUCGGAUUUUCAUAUUUUAAAAUAUGGAUUUUUUUCUUAUAUACUAUUGUAACUGUAGUUUUUUUGUUUGUUUUGUAAUGUAAAUUUAAUCUGCUACAGUUUGAAUUUACUUAGACAUUAUACUUAAAAUUAUCUUAGUACAUUUAUAUGUAUUUUAUCAGGAAAUGGAUGAAUUUUCUACCCUAAUGUUUCUCCAUAUGUCAAAGUACAUACAUGUAUUAUAAAUAAUUCAGUUUUGUAUUAGUAUGGUAUCAAGGCAUAUAAAAGAAAACCGGAGUUGUCUGUCUUGUCACACUUAUAUGACAAUGAUGUACAAACAGUCAUGUGUAAUGUUUCUUUGGGUUAGUAGCCCAAUUUUUAAUAGAUAAAGAUCAAGUGCCAAAACCUACAAACUUACAUAAGGAAGAAGAUCGUGUUUACUUCACAAGUGAACAGUCCAUAUUUAUUGUACAUCUAUAACAGAUGUAUGAUUGUAAUAUAUUAUGAUUAAGAAGUAUAUACUGUGAUGUGUGAUAUAUUAACAAUAAUGUACUGUAAAUAUCCAAAAGUCUCGUAUUCCUUUUAUUUUUUAUUUGAAAAAGGAGCAAUAAGAUUUACAUAUGCAUGUGUAUUUAUUUUUCUUGCAAUGUGAUUGAAUCAAUUCAAUUGAUUAUUUUCACUAUUGACUCUAUUCAUCAAUUACAAAGGAUAUUUAAUGAGUGAAGAUCAUGAUUUUAAGUAUAUGUUCAUAUUCUGAAGAACGUAAAAUCUUCAAGUUUUAGUGAGUUUAUUAUUUGAUAAUUAAGAAAAGAUAUUUAUCGUCCAUAGUUGAAUGUCUGGUCUCUACCGCAAGACAGAAAAGUUGCCUUUUGUUGCAAUUCCUUUUGCUGAGGGAAGAAACUUGUAUGUAAAACAUUUUUACCGAUGGAUAAAUCUGUCUUACAAAGCAACAAAUCAGAAUUAAACCUGAAAAUUUAAACAAGUCAUCAUUUGACAAACGUGAACAUGAAAUUGUUGAAAAACAUCUCCGAUAUCAAACAUAAUUACGUAUAAAUUAACACUGCUAGGAACUGUGGAUUUUGAAAAUGAAUUAUAAUGAAAAAUUGCAUUCAAGAGGGAUCUAGGUGUUAAUGCUUAAAGUAUGUUAUAUAUCAAUAAUAUUGUCUUUCACAUUAUAAAUUUACAAGAUACAUGUACUGUGUUUAUCUAGAAAUUCACAUAUCCUAUAUUUUAUGUGACACAAAUGAAUAAAAAUUGAAAUUUGUU